AUAAAAUCAAUGACCAAGCUAACCACUUCCUGUUUGUGUCUCUUCUUCUUCUCAUCUCCUCAUCCUCUCUGACUCUGUCCCUUCUGUCCUCCGAUCUCUGUCCCUCUUACCUCUGUCCUUCUGUCCCCUCUGUCCCCUCUGUCCCUCUGUCCCUCUGUCCCCUUUGUUUCUUCAGGUGUAACGUCCAGGACUACAUCUGGCACAAAGGCGCUCGCUGUGAGUCGGUUGUGACGGAGUUCCAGGUGAUGUGUCUGGCAGUCGGCGCCUCGGCUCUGGUCGUCCUGCUGCUCUUCAUGAUCGUCGUCUGCUUUGCCAAGAAGCUCCACGUGCUGAAGACGGAAAACAAGAAGUUGCGUAAACGCAGCAGUAAGUACCGGCCUUCCUCGGAGCAGCACAAUGAUAAUUUCUCGCUGUCCACCAUCGCUGAGGGCUCCCACCCAAAUGUAAGGAAACUGUGCGACACCCCUCCUAACGUCCCUCAUGCCCGUGCAUUGGCUUACUAUGAUAACAUUAUCUGUCAGAAAACCAUGAGCAGAUACACCUGGGAGUGUAAGACCAAAGAGGAGUCCGACUGUGAGGAUGAUCCUAAUUCCCAGAACAAGCUGGAGGACCCGGUGAAGGCCCCGCCCAAGGAGGACGACUCCCUGAACAUCCACAACUCUCUGACCCCCAAACACGAGAACCACAAGGUGCUGGGCGAGGAGAAUUCGUCGGAGGUAAACUCACUGCAGAACAACAUGAUGUGAAAACAAAACAAAAACAACUCCAGCAACCCCAAAACCACCAGGUGCGCCGGCAGCGGGAGCCCCCAAACCCCUCCCCGCUGUCCGUCUGUCUGGCCGCUGCCGAGCGCGCCUGACCGGUUACCAACCAACCAACCAGCCUGCCUGCCAACGUACCAGCCAACCAACCCAGUCUGCAACCGUCUCCGACACGGCAACACUGCCACCGAGCGGCCCUGGCCGCUGCCAAAAACCUACAGCGUCUCCACCGCCACCGCCGCCAACGCCCCUGCUGAGAGUUAACCCCCCCACCCCUCCCCCACCAGCCUCACCCUGCUGCCGCCAUGCAACCCCCCGAUCUAGUCACGCCCCUGUUUUGCAGCCCCGCCCCCUCGUUGCUGUCACUCUACUCUCCCUGAUCUCGUACCUGCACACACACACACACACACACACACACACACACACACACACAAAGUGAGAACAUGAACACACUUUUUUGUGAACACACAACAACACGUGCUCACUCCCAACUCGUUGGCGCUUCGUCACUGGACUGUCACGUGUUCAUGUGACACUCUCCUCCUGCGUCUUGACGCCAUGACAGUUCACGUCUGUCCUUUCAAAAUAAAUUUCUCUUUUCACAAAAAGUGCUCGUGAGAUACAGACAGGUUUUUUCAAAAUAAACUGACACCAUCAGUGAAACACCUCGUAUCACCAGUAAAAUAACAUCUUGGUUUGGCUCUACAUUCAGACAGGAAGUGAACGGCUUUUCUCAUCAGUGUCUUACACAGGAAUCAGUGACGAAGCGUCUGUGUCUGACCACACACACACACACACACACACACACACACACACACGUGGCCCCUCCCCCUACCUGCAUCGGUGUAUUUUGUAAAAAGAAAAAAAUCCCUCAGAAUUUAAAAUGUCAUGUAAAAAAAAAAAGCUUGUGAGAGGUUCGAUGUUUGUCUGAUUAAUAAAGUGAGUGUGUUUAAAUAUUGAUCGACUCUAAACAAACACCACAUGUCUUUGCUUUCAUUGAUGUGAUUUCUAAUCCUUUGAUGUACUUGUUUAUGGGAUUUUUUUUUUGUACUUUUUUGGGACUUCGAACAGAAUAAACAAACAAACAAACAAGAUUCAGACAGUUGUUGAAAUAAAACUUUUUAACAUGA